AUGUGUGAACGACCAGAUAUCAUUCGUUUGCGUAUCAAUUAUUUGCGCACUAUUAAAAAGAAACGAGAUGAAGGCUAUGAACCUGUCUAUUUGGACAAAACCUGGGUUAACGCCUGCCACACAGGGCUUACCAAUGGUCUCACCCAGAUACCAGAGAGCCACAGCGCAAGGUCCCCUCCUGGUAAAGGGGAGCGCGUGAUUGUCUUCCAUGCAGGCUCCCACAGAGGUUUCCUCCCUGGCAGUGAUCUAGUGUUCAGAUCCAGAUCUACAGAUGGCGGAGACUACCAUACCGAGAUGAAUAGUCAGGUUUUCACUGCGAAAGUUGAGGAGCAGCUCCUCUUAGCACUGCCUGAUAAAUCCUUGGUGGUUAUGGACAAUGCUCCCUAUCACAGUUGUCGAGAUCCUAUUAACCGUUGUCUAACCUCAAAUUCCAACAAAGGUGAGAUAUGUCAGUGGUUGGACAACAAAAGCAUUGCUCGGCCCACGAAAGCCAAAACAACUGACUACUACCAACUGGUUCCUCAGAACAAACCCCCGCCCUCUUAUUUGAUUGACAACAUGUUGAGAGAACACGGUCACGAAGUGCUUAGACUUCCUCCUUACCAUUAUGACUUGAACCCCAUCGAACUAAUCUGGGGUGAUUUUAAAAAUAUGGUCGCACGGCAAAAUAAGACCUUCAAGCUUGCCGACGUCAAGCAGAUUGUCCUGAUAGGGAUGGGAGAAAUUACAGAUGUACGUUGGGCAAACUGUGUCCAACAUGUUAUCAAAGUUGAGGAAGAGUAUUGGAAACAAGACUUUAUCCGACCAGAUACUGUCCAGCCUGUUGUUGUUCAUUUAGGUGACAGCACAGACUCCGAAUCUGACGACGAGGGCAUUUCGUGGGACCAAGAAUAG